AAAAAAAUCAUGUUUAAAAUUAAUAAAAUGGUUGCAAAUGAUUGGCUUGCUGAAACGCAAAAUGAAAUGCAAGAACUGCGGGCAUAAAAUGAACAUGGUUGCCUCCCAGACCAAGGAUUACGUCAUCUGGGAGUGUCGACGUAAAAGAUGUGGACGGUUGAAAAGAAGUGUUAGGUCAAAGUCACUCUUCUCACAAUCACACUGCACUCUAUUCACAUGGAUGAAGUACAUACAUAGAUUCGCACAGGGUUUACAUCUACGGCAAGUAGACAUGCUUCAAGAUGGCAUUGCAAAGAGCACAGCAACACUUUCUAUGAUGUCAAAGAAACUCAGAAGAAUUUGUGUAAAAAGCCUGGAAAAGCACAGAAAGAAAAAGAGGCAAAAAGUUGGUGGAGUUAAUGUCAUAGUUCACAUUGAUGAGAGCAAGUUCUGCCAUAAACGCAAGUAUGCAAGAGGACGCUUUGGUAACACCUGGAAGAGAAAGCGAACAUGGGUUUUUGGUAUACUUGAAAUCAAAGCUGCAAGCAGACGUCCAAUUCUUCGCCUUGUGAAAAAAAGAAACAAGGAAACCCUUGUUCCAAUCAUCAAAAAACACCCAGAAUUAUGUAGAUCCUCAAACAGGACUACACACUCAAAACAUUGA